UAUUUCAACAAUCGACGAGAAUUCAUUCGCUCGCUAUACACACCUCGAAGAACUGACUCUCUCAGACAACAAAUUGGAACACAUCGAUGAAAAUUCUUUUUCCCACAACACAUUAUUAAAGAGAUUAAUUCUUCAGGGUUGCGGUUUAAAAGUAAUACCUAGCGAAGCCUUGAAGCCUUUGAGCAAACUUAUGACUUUGCAAGUUGGCAGUAACGAAAUCUGGCGAAUGGAAAGAGACACUUUUCAAAACGUAGCUUUGACACUGCGCAGCUUGCGCUUAGACGGCAAUCGACUGCGCGCCGUACCUACCGAAGCACUAGCCCUUCUUGCGCACCUAGAGGUCCUAAACAUCGGCAACAACUUUAUAACAACUUUAACUUCCGACGCAUUUCCUCUGAUGGAUAAUUUGAUUGUGCUGUUAAUGAAACGCAACCAAAUUACGUAUAUAGCCGAAGAUGCGUUCAGCAACGUAACUUCAUUAAGAGUGUUAGAACUGGACGAUAACUUCCUGACACAAAUACCCGCUGCAAUCGCAAAGCUGUCCGACCUGCAAGAAUUCUCGAUAUCUGGUAACCGCAUCAAGUAUAUUGGAGGAGGGUUGUUGCAGAAAACUCCCGCUCUUGCCCUUUUAGAACUCAAAGGGAAUCCUUUGGUUGGAGUUGACGCCCACGCUUUCUCCUUUCUUCCACGACUACGUAAACUAAUCCUUUCGGAUGCUAGGGAACUAUCCACGUUUCCGAAUCUCAACGGAACCAGUGCCCUGGAAAUAUUGAGAUUGGACAGGGCGGGAAUAACGUCAGUGCCGGAAUCGUUAUGUAUCACUUGUCCACGCUUAAAAAGUUUAGACUUGAAAUCCAACAAACUGAAUGUAGUCCCAGAUCUGAAUAAAUGUAAAGAUAUGAGGGUACUAGAUCUAGCUAGUAACAGUAUCAAAAGUAUCGAAGGAAAACCAUUUAGAGGAAUGUAUCUAAUGCAUGAUUUACUUUUGGCUCACAAUUUAAUCGAGUACAUACCACAGGAUGCUUUUUAUAAUUUAUCGAAGCUACAAGUUCUAGAUCUCGAAGAUAACAAAAUAUCUUACAUUCAUCCGGAUUCAUUCAUGUCUAUUUCAAAAAUUGAGGAUUUGAAUUUGGGAAAUAAUAUUUUUCCCCAUCUCCCAUCGGCGGGUUUAGAACGACUUUUACAUUUAAAAACAUUCAACAACCCUUAUCUUCGAGAGUUUCCACCUCCAGCUGACUUUCCUCGAAUUCAAACAUUGAUACUCGCUUACGCCUACCAUUGUUGUGCCUUUUUACCGCUCAUACCAUCCAAUCCACCGCCCGCCAAAGCGAAAGAUAUCAUAGUUUUCCCAGACAUCGAAGACAUCGACAUUAAUUUUUGGAAUAGCUCUGUAGAUCUAUGGCCGUCACAACAAAAUAUUACUCAAAAGUUUGGAAAGAAAUUUAGUGAAAUGUGGGAAAACAUUCGAUCAGAUUUCACUUAUCCUGGCAACUUUCCAUCGUACAUUGAAGAAUACGCCGCCGAAGAUGAUCCCUCGCUUCGUAUCCCAGGAGAAAUAAAUACUGGACAACCGGGAAAAAUUCAAUGUUUGCCUUUACCUGGACCUUUUUUACCUUGCCAGGAUCUUUUCGAUUGGUGGACGUUGAGAUGUGGUGUAUGGAUUGUAUUCUUAUGUGCCAUGUUAGGAAAUGGAACUGUGGUAUUUGUAUUGAUAUUUUCCAGAAGCAAAAUGGACGUUCCUAGAUUUUUAGUUUGCAAUUUGGCUGCUGCGGAUUUUUUCAUGGGAAUAUACUUGGGGUUUUUAGCAGUGGUGGACGCAUCGACGUUGGGCGAAUUCCGCAUGUACGCCAUACCGUGGCAAAUGUCGGCGGCAUGCCAACUCUCCGGUUUCUUGGGAGUACUUAGCUCGGAGUUAUCGGUGUGGACUUUAGCGGUGAUUACGCUAGAACGGAACUACGCUAUAACGCACGCUAUGCAUUUAAAUAAACGCCUAUCGUUGAAACACGCUGGAUACAUCAUGAUAUUCGGUUGGAGUUUCGCUAUCGUGAUGGCUAUAAUGCCGAUUUUCAACAUUUCCGAUUACAGAAAAUUCGCGGUGUGUCUUCCGUUCGAAACAAGUGAUAGCGUUAGUUUAGCUUACGUAGUGUUUUUGAUGUUCAUAAAUGGUAUAGCUUUUUUAAUAUUGAUGGGAUGUUAUUUAAAAAUGUACUGCGCUAUUAGAGGUUCGCAAGCGUGGAAUUCUAAUGAUUCGCGUAUAGCCAAACGCAUGGCGCUAUUAGUUUUCACGGAUUUUUUAUGCUGGUCGCCUAUAGCGUUUUUUUCCUUAACAGCAGCGUUCGGACUGCAACUUAUCUCAUUAGAGCAAGCCAAAGUAUUUACAGUUUUUAUACUACCGUUAAAUUCGUGUUGUAAUCCUUUUCUUUACGCUAUUUUAACAAAACAAUUUAAAAAGGAUUGCGUUAUGAUAUGUAAAGCUAUAGAGGAAAGUAGAGUUACUAGAGGUAUCGGUAGAUGUAGGCAUAGUUCGAAUUUCAGUAACAGACAGACCCCAGCAAAUACUAAUAGCUUAGCCGAUCGAUCUUCUAGAGAAAAACAAGAACAUCACAUUCCGCAAUGUACGUGUAAUGCAAAGCUACUUGGCGAUAAUCAAAAUCAACCCAAAACUAAGAAAGAUAGAAAAACGACGACGAGAGAAUGGUUACUUAAUAAAGCAAGGUGGUUGUUGUGUGUUAGAAGACCGACCAGGCAUCGACCCAGGGAUGAUCAAUACACUUAUCAGAUAGCUGAAAUACAACAGAAACAACAUAAGAGAGCGUCGUCGGUAUCGUCAAGUGAAAACUUCAGUUCUUCGAGAUCUGAUUCGUGGCGACACAAUCAUCAUUGUGGUAUACCACUCCGCCUUCUGGAUCCGAAAAGACGAGCUUCUUCCUGGCUAAUUACCCGAAAAACUUCACAAGAUUCAAAUUUAUCCAGCUCGAGAAACGAUUCAUCUGGAUCGGCUACAACAGCCAGUACUAGUACUUGGCGCAUAUCUAGAUCGAGUAAUUCUAGUGACCCUCCAAGAGGCAGGGUAAAACCUCGAUUGACACGUCAAUGUGCUAUACAAGACGAAUCCGAACCACCAGGUUCACCAGGAAGACUGACAGUAAGAUUUCUCACCACCAUUCCUUCAGCAGCUGAAAACAGCAUGCAAUUAGAAGAUGAACAACCCUCGGUAUUAAUAAAUCCUAGUCCUACAAUUCUAGUUAGUCCUGCCAAAGAACGCGAAGGACCUCUUUAUGCUAUACUGCAUUCGACGCCAGUAGCACCGGUCAGACGGCAAUCCAUCGUUACACUACAUCCCUUAGAAAGUAUCAGAGAUUCCCAGGAGAACGAGAAACUCACUCAGAAUAAUUCUAGUCAAGCGAAUAGCAGCAAUUCGAUAAACAACAAUAAUUUUAGAUAAUAGUCUGUUUCGUAGGUAGCUUCUUACCAAAUGACACAUCCCAGGUUAUGAAGCACUAUUUUGAAAAGCUUAGAAUGAUUUCAGAAGCAUUAUCAAUGUGUCCUUGAAGACUAUAGUACUUAUUAUUUUCUUUUCUGAAUUCAAAUAUUCUUAAGAGGAAUAGUUUGCUUGUUAGAUUGACUAGUUUAAUUUGACAAACUGGUUUUCAAUUAACUUAGGUCGCAACUCCUUAAUUGAGAAGGAAAUUAACUAAACUAAAGGUCAAAAUACCACAUAACUUCUUCAAGCAGUUCGUGAGGAAUGUGGUGAAAACUGCAAACAAGUUUUGUGAUUUUAUUUUAAUUGAUUCUAAUGAAAGCAACUUACGUGUAUUUUCACUUCUAGUAUUAACAGGAUAAUAAAGUUUUUGAAGGUUUAUUUUCUGGAUGGAUGGACUGUGUCAAUGUAGAUUGUGGUACACAAAGUAAACAAAGCACUAUUAUAUAUUUAACCCACAGCUUGCGCUUAAAGGUUCUAAAGACGAGGUUGGCUCUUCUUCAAACACUCUGUAUACACUUUUUUUAAAGUGCAUACACUGACUAAAGAAAUAUUUCUUUUGUUCUAAAUAGCAUUCUUUGUAUAAGCGCCAAAUGAAACAGUGAUAUAAGAAAAUUGACAUUUUUAACAGUGAAAUAAUGGAUUUUCGAUCAACGAUGAACUAAACUUUACCCACUUAAUUCUAUAGAUGCAAGCAGCUUGAUAAUUUGACAGUAUAUUAUUUAAUGAGCUAGUAAAGAUAACUAUUACUCACGAAGAGGAUUCUAACACCAUUAGCGUCGAAAUGAUGGUGUAUUUCAUUCGAAUUUGCUUCAAUGGCACCCAAGAGGUAGAAGAAAACGGACAAGGCUCAUAAACAAGAAGUAGAGGAAUACCUGAGUAGAAUGGAAAUCAAUAGAUAGGAAGGAAACACCAAGAGCAGGUUCACAUGAAGAAUACUUAAAGAUAGAUAAAUAUAAAAAGAAAAUGGGAUGCAUGACGAAGCUCGACCAAAAAAAAAAAUGCUUGCGCUGAGACAAUCUGUAUAUCAUUAUUUUUUAAUUAAUGAAAUUAUAUUCUUCUUUUUCUAUUUCCACUUCUAUAUGUUUUUGUUUUUUGUUGUUUGACAUUCUUGUUUGUUAUUUUCCGUUCUUAAUAUCUUUAUAUCAUAUAUAAUCUACCAAUUUGUGUUAUGACAUAUAUUUAGUUUCUCAUUAUCUCCAUUGAAGUAUUCGUAUUGUCCAUAACCUGACCCCUAAAACAGCUGCGGUUUGUCCAAAAUUUGAUUAUUGCAGGUUACAUUGCAGAAGUCGAUUAUGGAGUAGCCAGCAUACAGUCCUGCCAUAAAUCUUAUAGAACAUUUAUGGGAUGAGCUGAAAAGCAGAUUUCCAGCUAGACUUCCUACCCCAAGUCAAUCCCAGAGCUUAUAGUUGCAAUAGAAGAAGAAUGGAUUAACAUCCCACAAGAAACAAUAGCUAAUUUGAUUAGAUCUAUGUCUAGUCGUAUGAGAGAUGUUAUUAGGGCAAGUGCAGGUUAUACCCAUUAUUAAGAAACUAAGUGUUAAGUUUCAAAUUGUCUAUAACUCUAUUUAUGUUAAUAAAUAAGUUUUCAUAAAUUAAUACUCACAUUAAAACAUAUUAAAUUGUGUUUCAAACAGUACAUUUGUUUUUUGAUCUGAUGAAUAAUUUUGAAAAAAUAUAUAGUUAAAGUCAGAAAUUCAUUAGCAAAUUUUGAAAUAACAAAUUUAGAUUUAGAAUCGAUGGAGAACAGAUUAUAUGUAUAAUAAAGUUGUGCUUAGACCUGGGAUGUAACUACCAAAUCCGUUAUAACUUAAUUUUAUAUAAAUACGUUGAUAUUUUUUGUAAGUAUAUUUAUUUAUUUGUAUAUACGAUAGGUAAAACAUUGCGUGAUAUGUUUAGAUUUAAGUGGAAAAAACUAAAUAAAA